AUGAGCAACGACGACGGCUCUUCGGCAGCUCUCGACUCGCAUGCCCAAACAUCCCACCACCGCGGAGCUCACCUCACAUCAACCGGACUUGCGGCGCUCACUGAUGCAGCCCAACCAGAUAAGCUGCGCGACACGCGCGCCUGGGUAGCCGGUCUAGGGGCCCCGGGUUGCCAGGCCCCCGACCCUGCCGCCGUGCCAGCAGCAGCACCCGAACCCAACUUCACACCCUCCAAGGCUCAACAGCAAAACAUGUCGUACCAUCGCCGCAGCGAAGACAUCGAAGGAAUUUUACUCAAGCAGCCACCGACGUCCACUAACGCUGUAACACACACACUUACUAACGCUACCCCGGCAGUAGCAGGGACCCUCCACAGCGCGCAAUCUCCCGGGCCUCUCCGCCCCAGCGGCAGCAACGUCAGCAGCGGCAAUGACGUCAGCUCGAUUUGUCCCGCCGCCGCCGCCAGCAGCAGCAGCGUCGGCGCCGUCAUCUCCCCUAGGAGGCCCACGGUGGCGGUGGCAGUGGGACAGGGCCAACCCCUCCAGGGUAACCCCGCCUGCGAAGAGGGAGGCCCUGCCGGCGGCAGCGGCUGUAGCGGCGGCUGUUCGUGGACGUCUGGCGACGACGAAGGGGAGACCGCGCCGCUGCUGAGCACCUACGUAGCGACAAUGCUGCCCAGUGCCGGUGUCGCUCCGCCCAACGACGAGAUCAGAAUCGCUUCCAGGAGAAAUCGCUCUACGGGGGACAGUGUCUGGUCCGCGCAGCGACAACAACACCCGCACCCAAAUCAAAACCAAAACCAAAAUCUUCACGGCCAUAGCCCGUAUCCACACCCUCCGGGCGUGGGGGUAGUGGCUGUAAUGCCGACCGCGGCGGCGCCGGCAGCAGCGCCGCCGCUGCCACCGUCAGAUACGUCCGGCGCCGGCGCCGCCGGUGCGCCCAACGUGGUACUGCUUUGUGUUGCCGGCGGCGGCGGCGGCGGCAAUACUGGCAGCGGCAGCACCCGGACACUUCCCUGCGCGCUGAUGCCACGCCGCGCCACCCUACAGCCGCAGCAGGUACCAUUUUUCCACAACCACCUUAACCACUUACACCAUCACAACCACCUCAACCAUCAGCACCAACAAGGUCGUCGGCAAUCCCUGGAGAGCUACCGGCUACCCCUGGUCGCGGCGGCCGCCGGCGCCGCCGGCGCCGCCGCCAACAGCGGCACCUCCACAGUCGCUAACAGCCCGGCACUCAGUGACCGCGACCGCGACCGCAGCACGUCGUCGUACCGUGUCGUACCAACACCUAGCCUCACGCGCGAUGCGCCCCGAGCGGUAAUCGACGUCAGCGACAUCAGUGAUAAGUCCAGUGACUGUAGCACUGAUGACGUGGCGGACGGUGGUGGCGGCGGCGGCGGAAUCAGCCUGCGUCUGCCGCCGCUACAGCCAUGCCACAGCAACCAGUUCAAGGCCGUACGCGCCAGCGUCGACGGCGACCUGGGCCCGCGACCCCGUCAGCCGGGGCACAGUUUCUUUACGGACAGCCACGACGAAUUCGACAGCUGGUCCCAACCGCAGCCUGGGACACAACAACAUCAACACCAACACCAACAGCAGCAGCAGCAACAUCAACACUCGCCACAUGGACUUGGUCGCUUUCUUCCGGCAUGGUUGAGAAAUCAGCCGCCGCCGUUCCUGACGGGGCGCUCGGGCCCCGGCGGCACAGCCGACGGCGGCGUCGGCGAUGCCGCUGCAGUGUCGCAGCUGCGGACAAGCAGCUGUACCAGCACAAGCUGCCGUACGGUUGCGGCGGUUCAUGGUACGGCAGUUGCGACCAGCGGUGAGGGACACGGCGGCGGUCUUCUUCCGCCGGCAUCACUCCGGUCUAGCGGAGGCGGAGGCGGCGCUGUAGCAGGAGCGCUACAGCUUCACUACUGCCGCGACGCCACGACCGGCAGCGCGGAGCACUUGCUUCUCGUUGCCAAGCUUCUGCCAACGCCGUCGCCGUCGCCGUCGCAAUUGGAACCGCCUCGGUUGUUCAACAUGCGCCCCAGCUACAGCUACAGCCGCAGCAACACGAGGAUCAAGUCCCUGGCGCCUCGGACGGCCCACAGCCCCAAUGUGCCGUACCCGCGGACCUAG